AUGUCUCUCCACUCUCCCCUGUCCCUCCAUAUCAACGGCGCUGAGGUGCCCUCCACCACCGGUGAGACUUUUACCGUCUUCAACCCUAUGACCGGACAGCCGCUGUUCGAAUGUGCCUCCGCCGGAGUAGACGACUAUGCUGCAGCCAUUGGCCAUGCCCAGAAGGCAUUCCAGAGCUGGUCAGCCACCCCUCCCUCGAUACGCCGCAAUAUUUUUCUGCGUGCUGCGGACAUCCUAACAAGCUAUCUCGAGACCGACGCCCCGGAGAUCCUGGCUAACGAGGUCUCUGCCGUGAAGUCAAUGGUCAGAUUGAACGUCCUUGCCUCGGCGGCGAUGCUCAGGGAAAGCGCCGGUCUGGUCACACACAUCAAGGGUGAGAUUGUCCCUGCGGACCGAUUAGGGACGACGAUCAUGGUGAUGAGAGAGGCGGUGGGGGUUGUCUUUGCGAUAAGCCCAUGGAAUAUGCCGGUCAAUCUUACGGUCCGCGCCAUCGCCACGCCCCUCAUUUGCGGCAACACGGUCAUCCUCAAGCCAUCUGAAUACAGCCCCAAAUCUCAGCAUCUCGUCGUUAGGGCAUUGAAAGAGGCCGGGCUACCUGCAGGCUGUCUCAACUUCUUGCCAUCAAGUCCAGGCAACGCACCCACGGUGACGGAGUUUGCAGUCAAGCACCGCCUGGUGCGCCGGGUGAACUUUACAGGCAGUGACCGCGUGGGCAAAAUCAUUGCCGGCUGGGCUUCCACAUGUGUCAAGCAGUGCCUGCUUGAACUCGGCGGCAAAGCACCCGCCCUGGUACUGGAAGAUGCAGACCUGGACGAUGCAGUGGAGGCGGUCCUGUUUGGCGGGCUCGCCAACAGCGGGCAAAUAUGCAUGUCCACUGAGCGUGUGAUUGUGCACUCGGCCAUCGCCGAUGCGUUUGUCGAACUGCUCCUCCGCCGCGUCGCGCAGAUCAAAGUCGGCAACCACCUGGAAGACCCUAGCGUCUCCCUGUCCGGCCUGUACUGCGCGGCCGCGCCGAAACGCAUCCUGGACCUGAUCGCCUCCGCCGAGGCAUCGGGCGCAACCCUCCUACACGGUGACCGACAGGUGUCUGGCCCCAACGGGACCAUCCUCCAGCCGCAUAUCCUUGACCGCGUCGCCCCCUCAAUGGCCAUUUUCCGUGAGGAGACCUUCGGCCCGGUCCUGUGCCUGACGCGGGCCGCGUCUACGGCCGAGGCCAUCGACAUCGCCAACGACUCCGAGUAUACCCUCUGCGCCAGCGUGUUUACCCGCGACGCCCUGGCCGGCAUGGAGAUCGCCGCCAAAGUGCGCGCCGGCAGCUGCCACGUCAACGGGCCGACGGUGUAUAUCGAGCCCACGCUUCCCAACGGGGGAACGGGAGGUCGCAGUGGGUAUGGGCGGUUUGGCGGCAUGGCGGGCGUGGAGGAAUUUACGGAGAAGAAGAUUGUGAGCCUGGUCAAGCCGGGAAUGAAGUAUGCUUUUUAA